GUAACAAAGAAAAACAGUUGUUGAAGCUAUAGUCAGUCCAUAUCAAGAUGAUCAGAAUCUGCCUUCUUUGGGGACUUCUCUCUCAAGUGUACCUGAUUCAGACUGAAGAUGCUCCUCAACCAAUACCAGUGACGACUCGUCUAUUUGGAGACACUGUAUCUUUGCCAUGUCCUAAAGCAGAAUCUCAACAAUUGCUGUACUGGUACAGACAAACUGUUGGCCGACUGCCCCAUCUUGUCGCAUCUGUAUCCUAUGCAUCAGAACCUGUACUUAAUGGAGAGUUUAAGAACCCACGUUUCAAAGUGGAGACAUCUGAAUAUGUGUAUAAUCUCAUUAUCAGAAAUAUCAGCACAUUAGAUGAGGCAACAUACUUUUGUGGAAUUGGGACAAUGUAUGGGAUGAACUAUGGAAAUGCAACAUUUUUGGCUGUGAAGGGACACAAUCACCCUACAUUGGUGCAGCAACCAGUUUCUGAUCCAGUGCAUCCAGGAGACUCUGUGAUUCUACAGUGUACAGUACUCUCUGAGACCUGUACAGGAGAACACAGUGUGUACUGGUUCAGAGCCGGAUCAGGAGAAUCCCAUCCAGGAGUCAUUUACACCCCUGGGAACUUGAGUGAUGCGUGUAAGAAGAACCCUGAGACUCCCUCUCCUACACAGAGCUGUGUCUACAGCCUCUCCAAGAACAACCUCAGUCUCUCUGAUGCUGGGACUUACUACUGUGCUGUGGCCACAUGUGGGGAGAUACUGUUUGGCAACGGAACAAACCUAAAUAUUGAAAGAUCACUGGAUCAUGUAGUCAUUGGACUGGGAGUGACAUCAGUUUUCUGUGUGAUUGUGAUCAUUAUACUCGUCUUCAGCAGAAAUACAAAGCCAAUUUCUGAACAUGAUAAAGUGAGUGUUGCUCAGCAUAUUAGACAUGACAACUCAACCACUGAAUAUGAUCAGGAUCAAGACCCAGAUACCCUGAAUUAUGCUGCAUUGCAUUUCUCUGAGAGGAAAACUAAAAGAGGAACAAAGAAGAGAGAGACACAACAGGAGAGUGUGUACUCUGAUGUCAGAGUAGACUGGGACUGAACAUUGUUUUUAUGUGCAGAGGAAUGGAUGUAGUUUGGUCAAUAAACUUUUCUUAAUAUAUAACGUAUUUAAACAGUCAUGAUAUUUGACCCUUAAUGAUACAGUGACAUUUUCUGUCAAGCAAGACAGUGGCAGACUUUUCCCUAUACCCAUCAUGAGGUUAUUACAACCUAGCCUAUGAAUAAAAGUCUACAAAAUAGGUGCACACAAGUCCAGAUAAAGAUUUGAGGUGACAGACACUGACACAUGGACAGAAAGAGACAAUACCGCCUUGCACACUUUUGCCUGCAUCUAGCUGAUCUAGUGUGUCAUCAUUAGUCCAACAGUUGCAAACUGGAUAAAUUCAGGUAUAUUUAUUACCUGAAUUUAUUAUAGUUUCGUUCCAUUUGCAUCCGUUGCAGAUUUGUUUUAACAGAAUCUGAGGAACGAAUACACCACCGUUCACACUCAAACAGCUCACUUUCAAUACCACAUACAAACAGCUUGUUGUAUUCCUUCUUGCAUCUACGCUCUCUCCUCCUCUCACCUUUUAGCUUCGCUUAUGGACUUCAAUGCACAACACAUCAGCUGUCUGUGACCAGGUGAAAAAACCUUUCCAAACCGAUCCUUCAUGUCAUAACCGCUACAUACAGCACAUAUCGUUGUCAUCAUAUUAGUUAAAGUAACGUCAUAGUCAGCAUAUUUAAUAGAACUAACAAGAUAUUUAACCCGCUACAAUGAUGCAGUAAAAUGUACAGUCAGUGAGCAGAUUAGCACUUACACCAAAUUAGUAAAACCAAAAACGUACCUUUACUUGAAAGAGUUCCAAUUUUGCAUCGUUAAAGCCAGCUAACUAACAUAGCAUCCCUCUGUUU